UGGGCCACAUUCAACCGGAAGUUCUAAGCCGCCGAACACGCUGAACUUGGUCGAUACAAACAAAUAUGGCUGGGCUAGAGUUACUGUCCGACCAGGGAUAUCGACUAGAUGGGAGGAAAGUCACCGAACUUCGUAAAAUCCAAGCCCGAAUGGGCAUUUUCGGCCAGGCAGAUGGAUCAGCCUAUUUAGAGCAAGGAAGAACCAUCGCACUGGCCGUUGUGUACGGUCCCCACGAUGUACGCGGCUCUCGGGCUAAGGUCCAGGGUGACCGUGCUGUCAUAAACUGCCAGUACAGUAUGGCCACCUUCAGCACCGCCGAGAGGAAGAGACGGCCACACGGAGACCGCAAGUCCACCGAGAUGACCCUUCAUCUAAAGGAGACCUUUGAGGCGGCCAUCCUAACCCACUUGUACCCGCGUUCGCAGAUCGACAUCUAUGUCAAGAUCUUGCAGUCUGACGGAGGUAACUACAGUGCCUGUGUGAAUGCAGCCACUCUGGCUGUGAUCGAUGCCAGCAUCCCCAUGCGCGACUAUGUGUGUGCCUGCACGGUGGGCUUUGUGGAUGACACUCCUCUGGCUGACCUGAACCACGUUGAGGAGAGCUGCGGUGGCACCAACCUAGCCAUGGCCAUGCUGCCCCGCAGCGGACAGAUUGCCCUUCUGCAGAUGGACGCUAAACUCCACCAAGACCACCUGGACUCACUCAUGGAGGCCGCCAUGACGGCCUGCAAAGGGGUCAGCAAAGUGCUGGACGAGGUGGUGAGGCAACAUCUCCAGGAGACGGUGAUCCUGACCGGGGACUGAUAGGGAUGAUCGGGAUGUAUCAGUCUGGAUCGGGAUGUAUCAGUCUGGAUAUGAAACGGCUUAAAUUUACGUGUGAAAUGUAACGGUGGUUUGCUUCACUGUGGUGGAAACUCCUUUCUGUUUGAUUUGAAUGGGCAUGUCAUUCUGUAAAUGGAUAGACGUAUAAGUAUGUGCACAUUGUAUGUGCUAGCGGUGUGCAUUUAGCACAGCUGCUGAUGUAUAAUAAUAAUAAAUGUCUCCAUAACAUUUUUCACUAGGAUUCAUGCCAUGUCAUAUCUAAAUUGUCUUAAUUCAUUCUUAUUAAUUCUGCUUAUAUUGUUUGGAAAAUGACGAAUUAAAAAAGGCAUGCAGCAACAAGCACACAUUUUAAAUUGAAGAGCAUCUGGCAGAGUACAAGACCAAGGCUAUUAGAACGUUGGUGAAGGUUUCAUAAUCAACUUAAAGGAGCACUCCAUCAUGUAAGGGGAGUCUUCUUUGGAAUUGCAUCUUGACAUAAACUGUGUGCUAUGCUCAAAUUUUGUGUGUACUACCCAGAGGUGAAAACUCAAAUACAUUUGUACUCAAAUAAAAGUAUCUUUACUUUUCUUAAA